CCAGUCAUUUGACAAUUCAAAUAAUUGCAUUAAAAGUUUUCAUAUUGGCUGAAAACAACAAAUUACCACCAGAAACUUGGCUUUCUACACAUCAAUGGGCCCUAUGCACCCAAGAGCCCUCCCCACCUGUGUGUUUGCUUCCUCCGGCUCCCCGCGGUGAGGGGGCUACUCUGAUAGGUUCUGAGGGUUAAUGGGACUGGCCUUGGGGGCAGCAGCCUCUCAACAUAUAAAGCCUCAGCCCUCGCGACCACAGCAAACAGCCGGUACACGAGGUUUAAGAGGAACCAAGACGGUCGAUGCGCUUUUACGCAUGAAUUGGUGCCUUUGGUUUUUACGCACGGCGAGCCAUUAAUGCCCCUUUGGCACAGCUAAACUUUUUUUUACGCGUUUGUGAGGACUCCGCGUGUGACCAUGACUCUCUCCAGUGAAUUUGAAGCUUCACAACACACUGCGUCGCCUGUAGAGGAGGAUGAGAUUGACAUAGUAGGCGAGGAUAAGCCUACCCACGGGCGUUUAUAUCGAAAUGGGUGCUCUACGGACGCCGGCUUCUCGGCAGAAUCUGGUGCCGAAUUCGAUUCUUCAGAGCCAGACUCGUCGGGAGAGAGUGAGAACAGUUUCUGCGCAGACGCACCACCGUCCAGGAAAGCCCAGAGCAGCUCGGUGAAGCCUCCGUACUCCUACAUUGCCCUCAUCACCAUGGCCAUCCUGCAGAGCCCGCAGAAGAAGCUGACGCUGAGUGGCAUCUGUGACUUCAUCAGCAACAAAUUCCCCUACUACAGAGACAAGUUCCCAGCUUGGCAGAACUCCAUCAGGCACAACCUCUCCCUCAACGACUGUUUCAUCAAGAUCCCGAGGGAGCCUGGGAACCCGGGCAAAGGUAACUACUGGUCUCUGGACCCUGCCUCAGAGGACAUGUUCGACAACGGCAGCUUCCUGCGACGAAGGAAGCGGUUCAAGAGAAACCAGCCCGAGUUCGGCAAAGACGGACUUAUGUUUUAUUCCAACUUGAACUGCUACCGGCCGUACGGGCAACCGUAUUGCGUACAGGGCCAGGCGAGCCCCCCAACCACUGCUCCCAUCCGGUACAUGCCCCUGCAGGAGGGCAUCAUGAUGCCUCCCUCUUCCUAUCACCUUCUACCACAAACACUGAGCAACCACGGGAAGUGCAGCGGGCCUAAAGGCUUCAGAGCGCAGCUUUGCGCAGCAGAAGCCUCUGAGCCAAAGCCUGGCCCGCAGGCAAAGUGCUCCUUCAGCAUUGACAGCAUCAUGAGCAAACCCUCUCCCAGUCAGUACUCAGAACCCAAAUCCACAGCAGAGCGCUCUCGGAUACGGUCACCUCAUGCCGGGCCCCGCUGCCUGUUUGGUUCCGACGCUCCUGCAGGCUCCUAGGACUCCAUUCUGCCCUCCCACCAUGCUGAGCACUGCUCCUUUAAUAAACCAACAUCUCAGACUCUCUUACCCUCGCUGCUGAAGCCUUUGGUCAUAGGCGACUUUACAGUGUCUGUUUGUCUCAAGCUAUAUGUGAAGACACGUUGAUGUGGCUCAUUUCUUAAAGAAAUGUUUUAAUUGCAUGAUAUUUAUGUGCGUUGACAUUCAAAGUUAUGUCUUAGAGGAAAUCACUGUAAAUAAGAUGAGUGGUAAUAUAUUUGUGAAACGUGGUUUUGUGGAAACCCUCGUUAAUGAA